AUGACUAAAAAUAUUAUUAAAACGGUGGAUGAUACUAAUGACAUUGAAAAAAAAAAAUCAAUUGAAAUAUUAGAAAAUAAAUGGAAAUUAGUACCUGAAUUUUUGAAAAUAAAAGGUUUAGUCAAACAGCAUACUGAUUCAUUUAAUUACUUUAUAAAAGUUGAUAUAAAAAAAAUUGUUGAAGCAAAUCAGUAUGUGAGAAGUGACGUAGAUCCAAAUUUUUAUUUAAAGUAUUUAGAUGUUGAAGUGGGGGUACCAGAAAUAGAAGAAGGUUUAGAUGUCAAAAGAGCGAGUACCCCACAAGAAUGUAGAUUGAGAGAUAUGACUUAUUCUGCUCCUAUUACUGUUACCAUAGAAUAUACCAGAGGAAAUGAAAGAAUCAUUAAAAAAGAUUUGAUCAUUGGAAGGAUUCCUAUUAUGUUACAAAGUGCUAAUUGUGUGUUAUAUGGAAAAGACGAAUAUGAACUUUCAAAACUUAAUGAAUGUCCAUUAGAUCCAGGCGGUUACUUUAUUGUCAAAGGUCAAGAAAGGGUAAUUUUAAUUAGAGAACAAUUGCUUAAAAAUUCAUUGGUUGUUGAAAAAGACUCGAAAGGAAAUCCAUGUGCUCAUGUGAUGAGUUCUACUCAUGAAAAAAAAUCUAAAACAAACAUAAUUAUAAAAAAGGACAAAUUUUAUUUGAGGCACAAUGCAUUCAGCGAUGAUAUUCCACUGGCUGUUAUAUACAAAGGAUUCGGGGUAGAGAGCGACAUAGAGUUUUUUAUGUCAGUAGGUAUUGAACAAGAAUAUCAUGAAAAAUUAAUACCUUCCAUGGAGGAAUGUCACAAAUUAAAUAUAUGUACUCAAACUCAGGCGCUUCGUUACAUAGGAAAUAAAACUAAAGUGAAAAGAAGUUUACCAGGUUCCGGAGGGAAGCCUAAAAAUGUUGUCGAUGAUGCUGGUGAUAUUUUAGCAAAUACUAUAUUAGCUCAUGUUGAUGUUUUAGACUUUAGGUGCAUGUGUGAAAAAACGCAAUAUUUAGGUUUAAUGGUUCGAAGAAUUUUACAAGCAGAAACGGAUCCUAGAUUUUACACUGAUUUAGAUCAUUAUGGAAACAAAAGACUGGAGUUGGCUGGUGCUAUGUUAGGUCUGUUAUUUGAAGAUUUUUUAAAAAGGUACAAUUUAGAAUUAAAAAUGAUAGCUGAUAAAAUGAUACCGAAAAUAAAGGCUGCACAGUUUGAUAUUGUAAAACAUUUGCGACAAGAUUUUAUUACAAAUGGAUUUUCCAAUGCAAUAUCGACUGGAAACUGGACGAUUAAACGUUUUCGUAUGCAUACCCAAGGAGUGACACAAGUACUAUCGCGUCUAAGUUACAUAUCUGCGUUUGGAAUGAUGACUAGAGUAAAUUCUCAUUUUGAAAAAACUCGAAAAGUGUCCGGCCCCAGAAGUUUACAUGCCACGCAAUGGGGAAUGUUAUGUCCAUCUGAUACACCGGAAGGAGAAGCUUGUGGUUUGGUCAAAAACUUAGCUUUGAUGUGUCACAUAUCUACCUUAAGUUCCGAGCUUCCGAUAAAACAAAUUGCUCAGUUGUGUGGAAUAAUACCUCCUAUGAGAAUGAACAUGGAACAAAUUUUAGCACCUGAUACUUUCAUGGUAUUUUUAAACGGUAGUUUAUUGGGUAUAACUUACGAGCCUAAAAAAUUAUGUAAAAAAUUACGAAAAAUUAGACGUUCUGGAAAAUUAAAUCCAUUUGUAUCGAUUUCCCUGCAUGCACUUCAUCGCACCGUGUACAUCUUUUCCGACUCUGGAAGAUUGUGCAGGCCUUACAUAAUUAUUGAAAAUGGAGUUCCCCUAAUCACAAAAUCAGAUUUAAAUGAUUUAGAACGUAAAUUUAAAAAAUUUAUUGAUUUUUUAGACGAUGGAGUGAUAGAAUAUAUGGAUGUAAAUGAAGAAAAUGACAGUUUGAUCGCCUUAUACGAAAAAGACAUUACCCCAAAACAUACUCAUUUGGAAAUAGCACCGUUUACACUCUUGGGUGUUUGCGCUUCUAUUAUUCCCUAUCCGCAUAAUAAUCAAAGUCCUAGAAAUACUUAUCAGUGUGCCAUGGGAAAACAAGCUAUGGGUGCCAUUGGAUACAAUCAAGAAAAUCGUAUCGAUACAUUAUUAUACAACAUGGUUUACACUCAAAAACCAAUGGUCAUAACAAAACCGAUGGUGAUGGUGAAUUACGAUAAACUUCCCGCGGGUCAAAAUGCAAUCGUGUGCGUAAUGAGUUACUCCGGUUACGACAUAGAAGACGCAUUGAUUAUUAACAAGGCAUCUUUGGAACGAGGCUAUGGGAGAUGUCAAGUUUUUAGAAAUACCAAAUGCGUUUUGAAAAGGUACGCUGACGGAACUUCAGAUCGAAUACAGGGGCCUCUGGUGGAUGCCGAAACGAGGAAACCACUCUGGAAGCACGGUGUUCUCGAUACGGAUGGAAUAGGAGCGCCGGGAGAAAAAAUAUUAAAUCGUCAAGUUCUCAUAAACAAAUCUGUUCCGAGUAGGUCAAACACUUCGAACGUUCCCAUUUUCGGUGAAAGAGACUACAUAGACACCCCGGUGGAUUAUAAAGGGUUAGAACAUUCUUACAUAGACAAAGUUUUAAUAUCGACGAAUAGCGACGACGAUUCAUUGAUAAAAAUAAAAUUAAGACAAACUAGGAUACCUGAAAUAGGUGAUAAGUUUAGCAGUCGUCACGGUCAAAAAGGAGUCGUGGGUCUCAUUGUAGAACAAGAAAACAUGCCUUUCAACGAAAGCGGAAUAUGUCCGGACGUAAUAAUGAAUCCUCACGGUUUUCCGAGUAGAAUGACCGUCGGGAAAUUAAUCGAACUUUUGGCUGGAAAAGCUGGAGUGGUCACUGGAAAACAUCAUUACGGUACGGCGUUCGGAGGUUCCACCGUUUCUGAAGUGCAAGAAGAACUCGUUAAAAACAAAUUUAAUUACGAGGGAAAAGAUAUUCUUUACUCCGGAAUAACCGGAGAACCUAUGGAAGUUUACGUUUAUUCCGGACCGGUUUUCUAUCAGAGAUUAAAACACAUGGUUCAGGAUAAGAUACACGCUCGUGCUCGGGGUCCCAGAGCCGUUUUGACGAGGCAACCCACCGAAGGUCGUGCAGCCGACGGAGGUUUAAGACUGGGCGAAAUGGAACGUGAUUGUUUAAUCGCUUACGGAGCUUCGAGUAUGAUAUCCGAACGUUUGAUGAUAUCCAGCGACGCAUUUCAGUGCGACGUGUGUAACGAGUGCGGUCUCAUUGCUUACUCGAAAUGGUGUCACGGAUGUAAAUCCAGCAAAGAAAUAUCGACGAUAAAACUUCCCUACGCGACGAAAUUAUUAUUUCAAGAAUUGCGUUCGAUGAACAUUGUUCCGCGGCUCUCGUUGAAAAAUUACUGCGGGGGUUGA